AUGGACUAUGACGCAAUCAAAAAGCAGAAAAAGGAAGAGAAUGAGAAGAAGGAUGGAAUAAUGGAUAAGAGAUUGAGACUUCUCUCGCCGGAUCGCGAAAUAGACUAUGAGGGUAAAAAGACUAUUAAAAUAGACCUUAAUAAAGAGCGCGUUUUGUACGCGAGGAACAAGUUAUUGAAUGGGGCUAGACCAGCUGUGGUCGGUGGAAAGCCGAUAACUGAAGAGUUGGCGGCUGAACUUCGCGUUACCUGCUUCAGCUCAGCCUCUUGUCCACCUCGUGGAGAAUGGAUUCGUACUCCAUUAGUCAUGAGGCCACCUGAUCAGCCACUUGGCUAUGGACUAGCAGCCCCAAGAAAUGGAGCUAGAUCUUUGCUGUCAGCGCUUCAAGCUCAUGUAAUCAAGUGGCUGCUGUUCGAUUCGAGGCCAAAGACUAAGGACAAUAAGUGCGAUGUCCCUCCAGACACGUAUCUCCGGCCUUCGGAAGACCGUCAAGAGGAAGCCUUAUGGCGUGCGUGCAGCGAAGUGAUCUGGCGAUGUGGUGGUGGAAACUCCGGUCAGGCUGGAGUGGAACCCAAGGCAGUGGUAGCAUUGCCAACGGACCACUGUUAUGUCCAACACAGUUCUCAGUAUUACCAAGACGGAGUUACUGAGAAGCUGCAUAUGUUCGAAUUCACUAGUUUGGAGGAUCUUCAAAUAUUUCUGAAGCGAUAUUUGUAUUUGUUUCAAACCGAGGACGGUGUUGGAGCAUUGCUCUUGCUGUAUGCUUGUGUUUUAUCGAGAGGUUGCGAUAAUAUAAAGAAAGACCUGGACGGUAAGAUUACCCACCUGGUCUCAGCGCACGUAGAAGGAUCUAUAAAUGUGGUGACGCUGCUCCUCACCGGUCGCGCAACUCCGUAUCUUCAUAAUGGCGUCCUGUAUGUUGGUGAUGAAGAUCAUUAUGCCAUGCCCCAAUUUGGGAUACUGUCUCGUAGUCCAGUUGGUCUUUUAGUAUGGUAUGGAGGGGAAGAAAACUCCAAGAAUAAUAUCAAUAAGCAGUUUCCUGGAUCCAGGUUGAAGACUCCAGCUCUUCCUAUUUGGGUUACCAGUUGCUCCGGGCACUACGGGGUCCUCUUUAACACAAAUCGUGAACUGCUUAGAAACUAUCAUGCUGAACGAAGGUUCGAUAUUCACUACUACACUUGUGGCGGUUGCAACGUUCUGUUGAAUGUGGACACUCGGGCUCACGAUGACGCGGUUGGGACUCUACGAACUGAUGACAUCAGCGCUACACCGCUUGAGAAAUUGAUACAUACGAAGUGGCAAGACGCAAAAAUAACCUGGACCGGUACUACGCCAUACGUGGGAGAACCAGCGAAAUAAAGUUAUCCUAAAUAAUAC